CUCCCAAACCCUAGCCGCCGCCGCCCCGGCCCCGCUCCUCCACCUCUCGCGCCGCCUCCUCCCCUCCCCCUCCUACUGCUGCUACAUCCACGCGCCGCACGCGGGCUCCCGCUCCUCCCCUCGCCUCCUCCUCGCCCACCGCGUCCAGGCGGGAGGAGGAGGAGGAGGGCGCCGCGGCCACCACGGCCGCCUCCGCCUCCUCCGCCGCGGGAGCAGCACGCUCGGGAAGAGGAGCGAGGAGAAGAUGGGAGGCGGCGAAGGAGGGGAGGCGGAGGUGGCGUUCAACAAGACGCGCGCGGAGGGGAAGGACGGGAGGAAGGGCAGGAGCAUGGAGCUCAAGAGCCGGAAGCUCAAUCCCGUCAACACCAUCUGCUACGUGCAGGUCCUUGGUACAGGAAUGGAUACACAAGACACUUCCCCUUCCAUUUUACUCUUUUUUGACAAACAGAGGUUUAUAUUUAAUGCUGGCGAGGGUCUUCAACGUUUCUGCACUGAACACAAGAUAAAGUUAUCAAAGAUUGAUCACGUAUUUUUGACUCGUGUAUGCUCAGAAACUGCAGGGGGACUUCCAGGGCUGGUGCUAACUCUGGCAGGCAUGGGAGAGGAGGGCAUGUCGGUGAACAUAUGGGGCCCUUCUGACCUAGACUUUUUAGCUAGUGCAAUGAGAUCAUUUAUUCCAAAUAGAGCAAUGCUUCACACACAUAGCUUUGGUGUGGAACAAAAUGUACCUUCACAAUCUAAAGAUGCUACUGUUAUUAUUGAUGACGAAGUAGUUCGAAUAUCUGCAAUGUUUGUCAAACCAAGAUGCAGUAACGAAGCCAGUUGCUUGACUGAUACCAACGUGAAGCCCGGUGAUACUGCUAUAAUUUAUGCAUGUGAACUGCCAGAACUUAAAGGAAAGUUUGACCCUGCUAAGGCUGCUGCCCUUGGUCUGAAGCCUGGACCAAAGUAUCGCGAACUUCAGCUUGGUAACUCUGUGCGGUCUGAUGCAUUCGAUAAAAUGGUCCAUCCAAGUGAUGUCCUUGGCCCGUCGAUUCCUGGACCUAUUGUACUUUUGGUGGAUUGCCCUACAGAAUAUCAUAUGCACGAACUAUUUUCCCUGCAAUCUCUUGGAUGCUUUUAUGAAGAUUCUUCCAGGCAAACAGGGACAUCCAAGAAAGUAAAUUGUGUAAUCCACUUGGGCCCAUCUUCUAUUACUAAAGCUCUCGAUUAUCAGAACUGGAUGAGAAGAUUUGGUUCCGCACAGCAUAUCAUGGCAGGGCAUGAAAUUAAAAACAUGGAAAUUCCUAUCUUGAAGGGUAGUGCAAGGAUAUCAUCACGUCUUCAUUUUGUGUGCCCUCAUCUCUUCCCAUCGUCUGGAUUUUGGCCUGUGGAACUUGCAAAUGAUGUUGAUUCAGAGAAGAAUAAGACUUCUUUAUUGCAAGCGUGUGAAACUGUGUCAGCAGCUAAUCUUCUGAAGUUUCAUCUUCGUCCAUAUGCCCAACUGGGACUGGACAGAGCUUCUAUACCUAGUUUGUCUUCUUAUGGAGAUAUUGUAGAUGAGCUCUUAAAGGAGAUCCCAGAUAUUGAAGAAGUUCCUGAACAGAUUAGCAAGUUCUGGCAAAACAGAGAGAGUAAUUCAGGCAAGCUACAAGAUGGCACUCCAUUGAGAGAAAGUGACUGGAGAAAGCACCCAAAGGACAAUCCAGAUAUCCCUUGCUGUGUGGAGAAUGCGACAAGAGAAGAUAUGGAAAUUACUUUCCUGGGUACUGGUUCAUCCCAACCUUCAAAAUAUCGGAAUGUAACUUCCAUAUAUAUUAACCUGUUUGCACGAGGAGGUAUACUUCUUGAUUGCGGUGAAGGAACUUUAGGGCAAUUGAAAAGAAGGUUUGGUGUAAGCGGUGCUGAUGAAGUUGUGAAAAGUUUGAAGUGUAUUUGGAUUUCACAUAUUCAUGCUGAUCACCAUACUGGUUUAGCUAGAAUUCUUGCUUUGAGGUCUAAUUUGUUAAAAGGGAUAGCUCACAAACCCUUGCUUGUUAUUGGACCAAGACCACUUGAAAGAUUUCUUAAUGCAUAUUCCACACUUGAAGAUCUUGACAUGCAGUUCCUAGACUGCAGGCAUACUUUAAAGCCUAGUAUAGAGGCUUUUCUCAGCGAUAAUGUUACCGAGUCUACCACAUCUCAACUUGAAAACACUAUAUUUGCUCCUGGAAGUAGAAUGGAAUACUACAGCCGGAAGCCUGCAAGUCCAAAAGAUACUACAGCUCUUGCUAAUUUGAAAGAAAUUCUACAUGAAUCAGGUUUGGAGGUUCUUUACAGCGUCCCUGUUCUGCACUGUCCUCAGUCGUUUGGGGUUGUUCUGAGAGCCAAGGAGAAGGUGAGCAGUGCUGGAAAAGCUAUUUUAGGAUGGAAGGUUGUAUAUUCAGGUGACACAAGGCCCUGCCCAGCUCUUAUAGAUGCGUCUAGGGAUGCCACAGUGCUAAUACAUGAGGCAACAUUCGAAGACAGUAUGAAGGAUGAGGCUAUCGCUAGGAACCAUAGCACAACAAAGGAGGCCAUAGCAGUGGGCACAUCAGCGGGAGCAUACCGUAUAAUCUUGACCCACUUUAGCCAAAGAUACCCUAAAAUCCCAGUUUUUGAUGAGGUUGAUAUGCAAAAAACUUGCAUAGCGUUUGACCUGAUGAGUGUGAAUCUCGCGGAUUUGCCCGUACUGCCGAAGGUUCUGCCUCACCUGAAGCUUUUGUUCAAAGAUGAGAUGGUGGUUGACGAAUCUGAUGAGGUCCAGGAGGCUGUUAUGUACUGAACUGGAUAGAAUAUAAUGUACAAUAUUCUUAAAUAGAACAUUUUUUUGACCUGAGAAUCCAAUCGUAGACAGCAUCCAUGAGAAAUUACUGGUGAGGCCAAUUACCCUGUAGUCAGAUAGAAUAGUGUAUAAUUUGUUUUCAAUUGUAAUGUUAAUUUUUGGCGUUGUUUUCUGCAAUACACAUUGUCGACUAUUU